AGAAUCGCCGGCUGUGCAGCCGAUGACAGUGGCACAGAAGCGAUAAGGAAAAGUAAAUAUUUCACUAUCAUUUCAUCAGAAAAUUUCACGCACAUCCACAACGAAUUGCCCAGAGACUCUCAAGCGAGCGUCACAGAGAGGAAGAAAUAAUCUCUCUAUUCGGUGGAUUCUGUGAUGAGAAAUGUACUGAGCAAGACACGUAGUGAAAGCUUUCAGCGAAAGUAACUGAGAGACACUGAAGGCGUCUUUGGAUAUUCUGUCAAUCUUCACGUGAUCCAGAAGGCGGGUUCAUCAUGACAAAUCUCAAGCGAGACGAGAUUCUUCUGCUCUUCGACGUGGAUGGCACUCUCACAGGGCCCAGGAUGAGAAUAACUCCUGAAAUGGAGGAUUUCCUGUACCUCAAAGUCCUCCCAAAGGCCACACUUGGCGUCGUGAGUGGAUCGGAUUUGGAGAAGUUGUUUGAGCAAAUUAGUCGCGAUAGAAUUCAGGAGUUGGACUAUGUUUUCCCGGAAAAUGGACUUGUUCACAUUGAGCGUGGUCAGGAGAAGAGUCGACAAUCGCUGCAGAAUCACUUGGGCGAGGAGAAGAUUCAGGAGUUUGUGAAUUUCAAUCUUCAGCAUCUCUCGACGAUCAAAUUGCCACUCAAACGUGGCACGUUCAUUGAGUUCCGGAGUGGAAUGAUUAAUAUCUCGCCCAUUGGGAGGAAUUGCACGCGUGAGGAGAGAAAUGCCUUUGCGGAGUACGACAAGGAGCACGAAGUGCGGAAAGGAAUGAUUGAGGUGCUGAAGAAGCAAUUUCCCAAUAUUGAUCUCACUUACAGUAUUGGUGGGCAAAUUAGCUUUGAUGUCUUCCCGAAAGGAUGGGACAAAUCCUACUGCCUUAACCAUGUCACGAAAGGUGGAAACUUCAAGGAGAUUCACUUCUUCGGCGAUAAAACCGAUCCAGGUGGAAAUGAUCAUGAAAUCUUUGCUGAUGCACGAACUGUUGGACACACUGUCACAUCUCCGGAGGAUACGAAAAGAAAGUUGCAAGAACUCCUGGGAGUUUAAUGUGAAACUAUUAAGCCUUUCUACUAAUAUCUCUGAUUGUAAAUGCACUUUAUCACAUAAA